CAAUUAAAGCAAUAACAGUCAAAGCUACACUUGAAUUUAAGUACACUUCAUAGCAAUGAAAUUAUAUUUUGAAAUUUUAAUACAAGUUAUUUUAGCGCGUUCCACAAAUUGCAUGCUCAAUGUACUCAAAUGACUAUUAUGGCGGCACUACAAUUCUGGCCGCUGAAUUCGAUGGGGGCGUGGUAAUGGGUGCCGAUACGCGCACGAGCUGUCGGGCCUAUGUCUCGAACCGAUCGGCCGAUAAGCUGACACGGAUCACGGAUCACAUCUAUUGCUGUCGCAGCGGCUCGGCCUCGCAGACGCAGAGUCUGGCCGAUGCCGUGAGCUAUUCGAUGGCCAACUACGAGUCAUCGCUGAAUAAGCCGUGUCUGGUGCGCGACGCUGCUGUGCAUUUCCGCAACAAGAUCUACGAGGCGCGCAAGACCCUCUUGGCCAGCAUCAUUGUGGCUGGCUGGGAUGAAGUGCACGGCGGUCAGGUAUAUAGUGUGCCGAUAACGGGACUGCUCGUGCACGAACCGUGCGCCGUUGCUGGCUCCGGCGGCUCCUACAUCCAGGGCUAUGUGACGGCGCACUUCAAGCCCGGCAUGAGCCAAGACGCCACUGUUCACAUGGUCAAGACAGCCGUCAAUCUGGCCAUACAGCACGACUGCAGCUCGGGCGGCGUGGUGCGCAUCGGCAUCAUCACCAAGGAUGGCAUGGACGCCUACAUCUGCUGCAACAAGGAUCCCGACAUGGUCAAAUUCACAAAUGCAGUUUUAUGGAAUCUCGAAUUUGGCGAAAACUGAACAAUGCAUACAGUACUGAGAUGUGAUAAAUUUUUAAU